GAAGGUUUGCAGAUGGCACUUGUGAGAAUGUAUGAAAGUGUAAGGGAAUAUCCAAGUGAUCGAAAGCAGUGAUUGGCUGAAAACGGUUCUUUGCUCAAUUUCUUCACUAGCUUUCACCAACACCCAUCUCUCGAAUACAUAAAGACCGGAUCAAAUCCUUUCUUUUCAUUUAACUCUUUCAAAACAAAGACUCUUACACGGCUGGAUUAUCGUGUUGUAUGGAGCUCAGAUUUCAUUGCUUACUUCAACAACUCAGCACAGCUGCAGCAACAUCCAGACAAAGAAAAUAUUAAUUUUUUUGACACCAUAGCAACAUCAGAGCCUCUGCAUCACUACCAGGGGUACUCAUCACUGGACACUUACAUCUAAUCUGCUUGACACCACGGUUCCAGAACAUAAGCCUCCGAAGGGAAGACGGCGCGGUCUGCAGGAAGCCACAGGUUCAUCCCAAACUUUUUGAUACUGCACGGCCCAGAGAGAAAAGAGAAAAGGGUCCCACUUGAAUCAACUUCUCAGACCUCAACCUAAUAUUGGAACAUCAGAUGAACCAUUUAUCCUCCAAAGAACUUCUUUGGAAUUUCCAGAACUUUGAAAAAGAACAUCUGCUGGAUCUCACUUGCUUCUUACAAUCCUUCGCUGUCCUGUCCGAGGCUGAGAAGACAUUCAUCAUCAUCAACAAUAGCAAAAGUAGUAGCAAGCCAUCCAUAUAUCUCAUCACAGAGCAACAGACACAAGUCGAAAGCGGGGCUCCAACAAUCCAACGAUAUUGUUGAACAUAGAUGGGAGAAGACUUCACUUCACUUUAAUUGUCCUAGAGUCUGUGAAGUAGGGCCUUUCACCUUCAGUAAUUAGCUGAUCUAUGGUGAAUAUUCCACACCAGUAGAAAGCCAUUUAUAAGCAGGCGACCCUACUCCUCCGAAGUUUGACUGCCUCUUUCACUCAAAGUUCCAAAUUUCCUAACACCAAAAACCAUGACUUUAUCACCACCACCAUCAAGGAAUAGCGAAAUGUUCCAACACGACCUUCAUCAUUUGGUAGCGCAUAACGCUAAUACAUCUUAUCCGCAACCAAAAUACGAUCCAGAUGAAGGUAUCCACAUGCAGACUCAUUACGAAUCGCCCAUUUCACAUGAGGAUCAAUACAUGCGCAGACCACAACAGACUAGCUACCCGUAUCAGCAUCAGCACCAAGACUCUGGAUUGGGAAUUCAAUAUGAAUAUCAUGAUUUUCAGGGACCCGUGUACCAGGAUCAAUACAGCACACCAGCCAGUUCGCCCACCCCUCCAUCCCAAGAUAUGAUAAGAACGAGAAGUGGCCUUACAGUUCAACGAGGUGGACAUCAAACUUUGAGACCCAUGCCCGAAGGACGUCAUCGAACAGAGAAGUCGCCAAAGAUGAAGAAGGCGAAGAAGGAGAAGGUAAAGGCUGAGAAGAAGGUGGCAAAGUUGGAUAAACCGUUGAGCGAGCUCACCAAAGAUUGGAAACACGUCCCAGUUGCCGACAUCGAAACAUACGUCAAUAGGUCGGCCGAGGAGAGACGCCGGGAGGUAGAUGAGGGUAAAGUUCCGGGAAAAGUCAAGAGACCAAUGAACUCCUUCAUGCUCUAUCGCAAAGCAUAUCAGAACCGAACGAAAGAUUGGUGCCUCCAAAACAACCAUCAAGUUGUUUCUCAAGUCUGUGGUGAUAGUUGGCCGUUGGAACCCGAUGCUGUAAAAGAGCAGUUCAGUGAAUGGGCCAGGCUCGAACGAAUCAAUCAUCAGAACGCACAUCCAGGAUACAAGUUCUCUCCAACGAAGCCUGGUGCUGGCAAAGCCGCUAAAAGAAAGAUGUCUGAAGACAUUGCUUCUGACGAUUCUGAUUUGACCGAUUUCGAUUGGCAAGGAGGAGGCCAGUCAAAGAAGAGACGGAAUCUUCGCAACCAACAGAGACCCAUGCAGCAACAGCCCGUUAUGUAUCCUACGACCAGAUCUGCAUACCACUAUUCUUCGCGCGAACAUUCUAUGGAGCCAAGCUAUGCCAACUAUAACAAAUCCGCGUAUCAACUUGCGAAUCCAGGAAAGCAGCCUCCUGCUCAGUACAACCAAGCAGGUAUGCAACCUGGAGAAUACUAUCAGCAGACCAUUCAAAGUAACCCCUUAGUAGCCGGCGUUGAAGAUGUUAUCAUCAAAAAGACCCCAGCUCCAGGAGUUCAUUCGUAUCAAGUUAGCAUUCCGGGAGGGCGAGAUUUCGAUAUCAUGCAUCCGCAACCACACUAUACACCUUCGCCUCAGCCGGAUUUCAGAAUAGAUCCUUCUUUGAUGACUCAAGACCACGGUCAAUACGAGAACAGUAACUAUCAUGAAGGUCAUCCUGACGGAGUGUAUUUUGGUAGUAACCAUGAAGCUGAGCAUGCAUGGCAAUCUGGAUACGGAAUGAGUGAUAGAGAGAUGGAUCCUGCUCUUCAGUAUCUCCCCGAACAGCAUGUAGACAAGGGACAAAUCCAUGAUCAACAAAUGGAUAUUUUGCGAGGACAUCAAGAAGGAUGGCAAAUUGAAACGCUGGAUAGUGGUCGAGAAUUCGAUAACUGGAUGGGAGCUGGCGAGGAAUAGAAUGAUCUAAUGUGUUGAUGGAGUUUGGGUCGUCGCUCAUGUACAGGAUGGAUUCGUUCAAUGCAUUGGGUAUGGAGAAGGAGGUUUUCGUUAUGUGCAUUUCUCGGAGUACUGGUGUGGCUUAAUCGUCUUUCAAUUUCCUUUUGUAUGGAAAACUUCGGCGGCCGCCGAGAACAUAAAUCAACCCCAUGAUGUAUGUAGAUAGGGAUGGGCGUUUUACUUCAUAGCCAGCCAAAUUUAUGUAGAGCUAGUAUGAGGAAUGUCCUAUUUAAUAGCUCUUGCCGUGAAACUUUCAUGAAGCAGUACGGCUGUGAGCCAUGCCUUGCUGUGUUGUGUAUGUCUGAGGAUAUAAACGUGGACAAGGGGUUUGUCUAAUGAGGAGGGCAGUCGAGCUUUAACAAAGACAUUGUAUCAUGCAGAUUGCCGUUCUUAUCCCAGGUUUGUGUCACACUAUUGUGAUGUGCCUGGAAUACCAGACGUGAGGAAAUCUCUAAUUAGAAAGUGUUUAUUGGUACGGCUCAAUCAUUCAUUUGUAAUUAGUACCUAAUAGUACGACCA